AAUAUUUUAUCUGUGCUCUAAAGUUAAUAUGGCGGACCAAAAUAACAAGGGCGCUAAAAGAAUAUUUUCGUUCAUGAAAAGAAAUAUUAAUGAACUUGCUUACUGAUUAAAUUUAUUAAUUGUAAUGAGUGAAUAUUGUGAUUUCAAAAUAAUACUGUAUACAUCGUUAGAAUGUCACCGAUAAGAGUUAAUUUUGAAAUCGGACACGAAGCCACUUUAAAGCCUAAAAAGACUCCAGACGGAUUCACUCAUGACUGGGAAGUGUUUGUUCGCGGUCAGGAAGGUGUAGAUAUAAGUCAUUUCAUCAAUAAAGUUGUGUUUCAUCUUCAUCACACCUUUCUGAAACCACGACGAGUUGUUAAAGACCCACCAUUCUCUAUUAAGGAAUCUGGAUAUGCAGGGUUCACCUUACCCAUAGAAAUAUACUUAAAAAAUAAAGAUGAACCCAAAAAGAUAACUUUUUCCUACAAUUUAACAUUACAACAAAAUGGAUUUCUUAAAGACCGCUAUAUCUUUAAAAAUCCUAGUGACGAAUUUAGUAAAAAGCUUCUAAAAGGAGGUGGCAUACCAUGUACAAAUAGUGAACUUUACACUAAUCCAGACCAAGAAAGUAGAAGUAGAGACUCAUUUACUGAUGAAAAGCACUUAGUUAGCAAACCAAAACUGUCUUCAGAAAAUAAUAAAAAACACAAAACAAAAGAACACAAAGAUGAUGUACCUAUGAGGAAUAGUAGUUUUGUAAAUUUAUUUGGGCCUCCCAUACACAAACCUGCUAAAGUUUCACCUGAUCCUAAGAAAAUUGAAAAGGUCACACCACCAGUAAAAUUAGAGAAAAAAGAUAAGGAAAGAUCAAGCUCAGAGAAGAAAUCCAAACAUGAACAUAAAGAAUCAAAAAUAGAAAAAAACAAAACAAAAGAUGAAAGAGAGAAAAAUAGGCCAGAUAAAGUUAAAACUCCUAGUAAAGAUCAAGAGAAAAUCAAAGAAAAAGCAUCAAAAAGGCCCAGUGAUAGACCUGCCUCACCUGAUGCUGUUAAAAAGCGUUGUCUCAGUCCAAUAGGACGGUCAACCAGUUCCCCACUACGUGCAAACAGUGUUGCCAGCAACAAAGAAGAAUAUAAACCAGCUCGUCAAAAUCUUGAGCUUUUGGAUCACAAAAAACCAAGGCCUGAUGAAAAACACGAAAUGAAAGCAGAAAAAGAAAAAAAGAAAAAAGAAAAGAAAAGUCAUGACAGAGAUAAAGAAAGAAAGGAAAGAAAAGAUCACAAAAAAGAAAGUCACAGGUCAAAAGAAUCCCCAAAAGAAAUCCCUAAAGAGAAGGAACUACCUCAUAAGGUCAAGGACACAAUCAAAGAAAAAGAAUCACCCCCCAUAAAAGAGAAACAAUCGAGGCCGGAGAAAACAAUUAACAAAUUCUCAAUAGAAAACUUACGGAAAACACCUCCUCCAGAAAUCGAUGAACGGUCUGAAACCCCUAAAAAAGAUAAAAAUGAAACUGAACGAAAACAUAAACAUAAGAAAAAAGAUAAAAAGAGAGAUGAGUCAAAAGAAAAGCAUAAAGACUCUAGUAAAGAAAAGAGACAUAAACACGAAAAAACCAGAGAAACACCAACAGAAAAAGUUAUACAUAGGAUAACACCUAUUCCCAAAGAAAGACUACUUCCCGAACCAACAUCUCCUAUAUCAAUUGAUACAGCAUCUCAAUGUAGUUCGAAAAGUGGAGUGGCUAAACCUAUGCUUUUAGAAGGUGAGGAAAUAAACAGCAGUCAAUCUGAUUCAGAAAAUUCGGUUAUAUGUGAAGACGAUGAACCCAAAAUUGUUAAAAUCGAGCCUCCCUCGCCAGAAAUAGUAAAGCAAGAGCCUUCUCCUGAACCUGAGCCUCAACCAGAGCCUGAACCAGAACCAGAAGUAAAACCAGACCCACAACCUUUAGCUGAAGUUCCUCCGCCUCCACAUAAAGAAAAAUCAAAAAAACACAAGGAUAAAUCAAAAAAAGAAGAAAAAAGACGCAAAAGAAAAGCUGCUGAAGAAGAAGUUGAAAGAAAAAUUCCUAACAUACCUGAAUCAGGGCCUUCUUACAAUGAGACUGAAUGGGGUGAAAGUAGUGGCUCAACGUCAAUGGAAACUAAAGUUCAAGAUAAUGGGGUGUCUAGUAGUCUAGGAGAAGAUGCAGAACUUGGGGAUAUUUCCCCGGAUUACAUGGAGCAACUUCGAGACUUACAACAAAGAAUCAUGAAAAUAAAAAAUAAUGAAGAUCUAGAAAGAGUCGUGAACUUAAUAGCGGAAACGGGGCGCUAUGAAGUCACCACUCAGACAUUUGAUUUUGAUUUGUGUCUGUUGGAUCGAUCAACAGUUCAACAGCUCAUACAAUUAGUAGGCUGCUAAUGGAGUGUUACUAAGUUUGAGAAUGUUAACUUAUAAAAAUGAAUAUCUGUAUUAAUAAUAAAUUUAAGCGUUGUAAAAAUACUUUAUAUAUAAAAACAUUGUAAAAAAUAAUGCGUUAGAAGAAAUCUCAAUGAAUUACACUGAUUGUGUUGAAGGAGCUGCAUUUUAUGUACAUAAUAAUAUAUUUAAAAUAAAAAAUAUUGAAAGCUCUUUAUGAUACACAAUGUAGUUAUAUUAUAUAUAACCUUAGACUUUGUGCAAUAUAGUUAGAUUCGUAAUAUUAUAAGACUGUUGAAACAUUGUUGAAACAAAUGUAUAUUUUGUACAUUUUAAUGUAUUUUCUCAGUUAAUGUAAGAUUUGUGAGGCAUCUGGACAAUGAUGGGGGAGGCUACAUUUUAAUGUUAUUAUAGAACUUAUAGUUAAGUUAUGAAGUUUUAGUUAAUGCAAAUUAGUUUUACAUGCAAUGAGUUUUUAAGCUUUUAAGGAUUCAAUUGAUAUCCAUGAAAUUUUAUUGUAUAUUAUUUUAAGAAUACCUAAUUUUAUACUAAUCUAAAGGUUUUCUUAGAAUAGAUAAGACCACUAACCAGUUCGUUAUCUAAUAGUGAUAAACUAUUUAAAAAGUUGCAUUUGAUUAAAUCCACACAAAUGUAUGUGCUUCGAUCAACAAUAGUCAGCGAAUCCGCGCCACUAACUUUUAUCAUAUAAAUUAAUCAUGUAACGUAUAGAAUACCGUUUUAUUUUUUGUUAAUAACAUAGUUUAUUUUAUAGAUUAUGUAAGUAAACAUUUAAAUUUGCUUAUAAAGUUUCAGUAAGUACUCAUUCUUAGUUCAUUGUGUUUUGUUACGUAACUUAUUUUAUAUCCAUAGUAUUUUGGAAACAAGAUUUACAAUAAAUAAUACUUACACCUUACUUUUUUUUUGU